CCGUUCCAGACUUGCCUUUAAUUAAAAACUGUUCACUUUUUCCAAUCACAACAGAUAUUCGGAAAAUGUCGUAGCAUAUAUUUAAAAUGUCAUUAUUUUUCACUGUAUUCCUCAUAAGUCAAAUUUCAGUAAUUUACAGUGAAUUGGAUGAGCAGAAUAAGUAUAUUGAUCAAUUACCAAAUUCUGAUAAAGAGGCGUUUUUGGAAAGAGUAGCCAGACGUAUUGGUGGUGACGUUUAUGUGAAACCUGAUCCCGUUGGCGAGAGAAAGAUUUCUGAUGCAGAACUUGAAAAACAUACUGAUUAUGUUAAAAAAAUAAUUGAUGAAGAAAAGGGGAAGUUUGAACAGCAACGGAGAAGAUCGUUUAAUUUCAGUCAUAUUGACUUUACACUUGAUAAAAAGAGACGCAGGAAAAGGGACGUCGAUAAUGAUAACACACAAAUACCAGUAAAAACAGUGUACGAUUCAAGUAAAAACGAUCCGACUAAAUCAACUCCUACUGCUGGAGUACAUGAUAUACAAAUUAAAGGUUUAAGACUUCAUUCACGACGGUCUCCUACAAGUUCUGAUAACUUAAAUGAAAACGCAGAUAAUGUUGUUUCAUCUGAUAAACUGAACAAUAAGAAUGAAAGUUCAAUAUCGGUUACUGAAAGUAGUGAAGAUAAAAAAAUUACAAUGAGCACUGGUUUAGUAAAUGAUACUACAAAUACUUUGACUAAUACCACGGAAGCGGAAGAGAAAAGCGAGAAAGUCAGUUCAAAUUUGAAUGACACAAAUGUUGAAAAAAUAUCUUUGCAAAAUGAAACUAAACAAGCAGAUUUAGAACAUGAUCAAAAAAGCAGUCAUGAAGUUAAAUCAAAGGACAAUACGCAAAGUAAUUUAGAACCAAAUAAAAAACCUGAAGAAUUGACUCUAAAUAAAAAUGAUGUUGAAUCAAAAAAUGAAAAUGCAGAAAAGUCUUUAAGAACUGAAACUAAACAAAAAGAACAAGAUCAAAAAUAUAAUCAUGAAGAUAAAUCUCAAGUCAAUGCUAACUUAGAAACAAAAGUUGCUGUUGCCGUACAUGUUGAUAAUAAAUCAGAAGAAUUGACUAUUAAUAAUAACGAAACCAAAAAAGUUGAAUUAAAACAACCAGACUUAGAACCGGCAGUAAAAGAUCGUAAAAGUAGCCUUGAAGAUAAAUCAAAAGACAGUGCAUCAGUAAACUUAGCGCCAAAAAGGACUGAAUUUGUUCAAACUAACAAAACAUCGGAAAAAUUUAAUCUUAAAAGCAACGAUGCUAAAAAAGCUAAGAAUGAAAUAAAAGCCAAUGAUGAGGCAAAAAAAAAGAUUUUGAGAACUGACCCUCUCUUUGAAAUUGCAAAGGCGGCAAACAAAACAAAAAUAUUAGCGAAAGAAAAUGAAGAAGUGAAAACUUUACAAAUUGCUCAGGAUGUCGUUAAAGCGUUGAGGAUUGGUAUAGACAGAGAUGCAAUGAAGAAUAGAAAUAAAAACAUAAGAUCUAAAUUUGGCAAAAAAAAUGUUAACGUGUACGGUUUAUAUGAAAAUACUGACGAAAAUUCGUACGAGCAACAUGAUUACAAUCGAGAACAACCAUAUUACGUACCUGUGUACAAUUAUUUUGAGAAUAAUGCUUACUAUAACGCGUAUAACAAAUAUGGUCCUAAUCAUAGGGAAUCAAAUUACAAGAAAUUCGAACAUUAUGACCAUUCAAGAGAUAUUUCUGGAUCAUCUGCAGAACAUUAUGACAGGGCAUUUUAUAAGACACCUCACGUAGAUCAUGGGAAGCGACAAUGGAAAGACCACAAGGUCACAGCUCGGAACAAUAUAUUUCAAGUUCUACCACCAGUAAUUCAGAAACCAUCUAAUUUACCACAUUACGAUUAUGAUUAUUUAUUCGGGAAACAUGAUGAAUUGGAGGAUUAUGCUCUUAGAGAAGGGAAGCCAGUAAAUGAAGAGAAUGAUACAUUAUUGAAAAAUCGUAUAAAAAAGAUACGAUUAUCUAUAUAUAAACACAAAGACAACAAUGAGAGCGAGAAGAAAUUUGAAGAGGAUAAUAAAAAAGGUUGGUUGGCUGACAGUGUAGAAUAUCACAUGAAGAAUAUAGCAAAAGCAAAAGCAAAAGCGAAAAAAGUGUCUCGUGAAGACGAAAUAGAUUAUGAUUAUUUAGGUUUCAGGGAUUUAAGACUGAAGUUCUUGGAUUCCAAGAAAAUUUUGCCAACUGGAAAAGACGACAAAGCGAAAAAUGUGGAUAUCAUUAAUGAUUUAUUAAAAGGGACGACUGACAAUGAACUUAAAGGUAAAAUUCAAGAAGUUUAUCCUUUAUUGAAGAAGUUGGUUAAAAUUGUUGAGUUCGAAGAAGACGAAGAGGUUGAAGCGUGUGUUCGGGUGAUGGGGGACCUCAUACAGACAAACAACGAAGGUUUAGAACAGUAUGAUUGGCUCGAAAGUACUGUUAAUGUACAGUCCGCUAUAGAAAAAUUAUCAGAUUUAACGGCAUCCGUAAUCGCCGGUGAAACAAUACACCCUUCGGACAUGGAAUUGUUGAAAUACAUAACAUACCUGCACACAUUAUCAGUGGCUGGCAAAGAAGAACCUGCGAAUGUCAGGUCCGUCCUACCCAGGUCCAAGAAGAGGAAGACCAAUAGAAAACUGAAGACCAACUAUAACAGAGUCUGGCUGUACAGAAUUCCUGACCCGGAGUUAGGCUAUGAUUUCGAUUACAAAAGUCUGCAGAAAUUUAUUGAAAAUCUUGCGGACCAUUUAUAUGAUCUUCACAAUGCAAUCAAGCACAUAUCAAUGGUGACCACGUUGAAAAGCCAGCACUGGUUCAAGAAUUUAAAAGACUUAUAUCUCAGGAAACCCAACAGAAAGCAGCUACUGGAACUAAUUCUUCAUCUAGGAACUACAAGACUUUUUAAUCUAAUAGAAGAUAGUAGUAAGAUGGGAAUUGAGAAGAAUUUCCUGAAAUACAUUCAUGAAAAUCAAAUGGAAGUAUAUAGAAUUGAAGAAGCGUUCGUUUUUGUGUUAAAAGUGUUGGACGCUGCCAUGGACAAUAAGUUGAUAGAAAAUUAUUGAUUUUUAUUUAUGUGUCGGAAAGUAUCAACAUUUACGUGGAAGUUAUAUAAUGGAUAAUUAAAAAUUGAAACAGCGCGGAUUUUAUCACGGUUAAGGACUUAAAACAUCUAAAAAUAAGAUCAAAAAUGAUUAAAUUUUUGAGGUGCUGUGUCACAGACAUUCUAGAUUCACAUAUACAGACAUGUCGACCCAUUUUAACAAGAUAAUAACUAAUAUAGCAUAGAUUAAAAAACUACAAAUGCUUGAUGGUUAAAAUUAACAAGAAAAAUAUUGUGAAAGUUGAUAAUUUUGAAAACAGUUAUCAUAGAACAGAUAAUAUUGAAAGGAAUAACAUUUAAAACAAAUCUUAUGUAUAUCGGCUGCAACAGUCAUAUUUUUGAAUCGUAUUCCUAUGAAAUAAAAUUCAAAAAAACAUCACUGGACUUUUGCAGUCGACAUUAAUAAAUUGUACAUUUGAAACGUAUAUUAAUGGUCUGUCAGUCCAAAAUAUAAAUAUUGAAAUAAAUUUUGUAUAGUUAUAUGUAGAAACUAAAACAGUAAUAAAGUAUUUUUGA